GUGGGAAAACGAGUCUGCAAUGUCAUACGUACGGUCAGCGGUUAGAGAUCGUAGUCAUUGAUAAUUCUCUGUAAACGCUGUGCUUCUGCUAGUAAAUUCGCAUUUUUUCUGUUCUGACAAGCAACUCCCUCUUUCGAACAUUGACAGGUUUGAAUAACCGAAAGUCUACCGACAAAUCAAUCGUGACUAAUCUUCACAUAUUUUGUUCCUCUCAAUUGUACAGUCUGUCAUUCGGGCAUUAAUCGGGAAGCGAUUUUGAAGUUUGAUUAAGUACGAAUAUUCUUUUGUCACACGAUUUUGGUUGACGGAUACGCUCGAUCACAUGGAAUCUACGGUCCUCCGGACGUAGAUUAAAAAAUGUAUGAGAUAAGCAUGUGUAACUAUCAAAUUUCCCGUAGCGCUUGCGGGGUAAAUCCAACGCAAAUCACAAAAGAAACUAAUGGUUUUGUAUUGACGGAUCGCCAUUUUGUGCCAAAUAAAUGCGACAAAGGAGCCAAAGUCGCCUUCCAAAUUAUUAACAGCUUAAAGGUAGAAAGCCAUUAGACGGUGUCAAACGUACACCUCGCGAUGUCCUAUUAAACGAGAUAGGAUCUCUUUAGAAUUCCUUUAUUGAGAUGGCUACCAAAGUGUUCAAGCAGAAGAGAAGAUGAAGAGUGAGAUAGGUAGUCCCCCACAGAGACCUUAUGCCCAAGGUAAUCCCACUCAAGUUGUUUUAUAUCACCCCCUGUUCGUGAGCGGUAAACGGAAACGGUACUCGACCAAAACACUUCAAAAUCGAUAAAACGGUAAACUCUAAACGGCACAAAACUCUCUGAAAGGCACAACAACUGCUCGCUGGAAACUGUUUAAAACUCUACCGAUAAACGUCCACGCAACUUAAAUUCGUAAGCGCAACUAACGUACGCGUAACUUAAAUUCAAAAUGUUUCCGCGCGCGUCACGCCACUUCGGAACUGUCUUCUUAACACCCCCAGUUUCGGAAAUAAUAUGAGGGUCUAGAAAAAAACCAAUCAGGUGACGCGAAUUUUGCUCAUUCGAAUAGCUUUUACCACUUUACAGGUACUCAUUUUUCAUACACUGCGAAAACAUUCACGUGACGCGCGUGGCGCGGAACUGGGUACCGAUCACCAAAGUUCAAAAUGAAACUGCCAAGUUUUGGAAUAAUUUCAGUUUCAUCGUUCAUCAAUCGGUGGAACUUUCUUUUUCCCCAGUCCCAAGAAUUUCAAGCUGUACCCAAAACCCCCGUGACAUUCUCUAUGUACGUCUACCUACACUGUAAAUCUACUUUUAUUUCAAGACUUUAAUUUAUUAAAAUUAAUUUGUGCUUAGUACUCUUUGUAGCAACGAGGACAAGAAAGUGAAAGAUGAGCAAGUGAAAAAAUAUGCAGCAAGUGAAGAGGACCUAACUCAACAAAUACGUGACAAAGAAGAACAAGUGAGGGAAUACGAAGCAAAGUGCAAUAAACUUACAGAAGAGAGUAAGGCUCAUCUGGCAAAUAAAGAUGAAGAGUUGAAAGGAAUGAAAACUAGAAACGAGGAACUACUUCAACAAAUUCUCGCCAAGGACGAACAAGUGAAACAAUUCGAGGCCAGAUACAAUGAACUGAUGGAAAAGUGUAAAGUUGUGCUUGCAAAUAAAGAUGAAGACUUGAGGAAAAUGAAAACAAGGCUGGCUCAUCUCAGUGAAAAACAAGUACAAAGAGACCAGAGAAAGGUUGAGGACACCGCUGCUUCUAACAGACCGUCGGAAGUGGAGAAAGACUUCACAGCAUUUUUCGACGACGACAGAAUGGACGCAUGCGAGAAAAUGCAAAAAUUAUAUGGAUCCGAAGAAGAAAGUGAAGUUGGUAUUUCUUACCCGCGGCUAGCUUGCAUGAUUUUUGAGGUAAAGUACUCAAAAUGUUUCUCUUAAACAAUGAGAUUAUUCGCUCUCGAUUUCUAUCGCGUGAUAGUUGACGAGGGCGCAG